AUGUCGUACAGAGUCGCUGCCCCCGAUGAAUACCUCGCCAUCACGGGUAUGUCCGUGAAGGCCGUCAAGAUCACAAAGGCAGCUUGGGUAUGGCCCUUCCAGCGCUGCAUGCGCUUCAGCGUCCAGCCCCACGACUAUGCCAUGAACCUUCAGGCCAUGACCAAGGAGAAGCUUCAGUUCCUCCUGCCCGUCGUCUUCACCGUCGGCCCGGACGUCAAUCAGCGCGGCGCCAACGCCACCCAUCAAUCCGCCCACUCCGGCCCCUCUAGCCACGACAACGACGACGACCACGUUUCUUCCAACCGCCGCGAGGACCGCGGCGACUCCCUCAUGAAGUACGCCAUGCUGCUCGCCGACUCGGGCGAGAAGAAGAACGGCACCAUGCUCCACCUCGAGAACAUCGUCAAGGGCAUCAUUGAGGGCGAGGUCCGCGUCCUCGUCUCCAGCAUGACCAUGGAGGAGAUCUUCACCGAGCGCGAGGUCUUCAAGCGUCGCAUCUUCAAGAACAUUCAGUCCGAGCUCGACCAGUUCGGCCUCAAGAUCUACAACGCCAAUGUCAAGGAGCUCAAGGACGCCCCCAACUCGAACUACUUCGAGUCCCUCUCCCGCAAGGCCCACGAGGGCGCCAGCAAUCAGGCCAGGAUCGACGUCGCCGAGGCCCAGCUGCGCGGCAACGUUGGCGAGUCCAAGCGUAAGGGUGAGCAGGAGCGCGAGAUCGCCAAGAUCUACGCCGAGACCGCGGUUCAGAAGACGGAGCGCGACAUCGAGCGCGCUACCGCCGAGGCCAACCUCGACACCCGCCAGGCCUCCCUCAGCAAGGACGUCGAGAUUGCCCGCGUCGAGGCCCGCCGCGCCCUCGAGUCCAAGGACGAGGACCUCAAGCGAGAGGUUGAGGUCAAGCGUGCCGCCGCCGAGAUCGAGCGCCUGCGCGCCACCGACGUCGUCAAGGCCACCAUCCAGCGCGAGGCCCGCCAGCAGCACGCCGACGCCGAGGCCUAUGCCAUCGAAGCCGACGCCAAGGCAAACUUUGAAAAGAGCCAGCGCGAGACCGAGGCCAAGGCCUACAAGAUCCAGAAGGACGCCGACGCCCAAACCUCGGCCGAGUUCAACCGCACCACGAAGACAGCCGACGCCAACGCCUACAAGUCCCGUCAGGAAGCCGAGGCCCACCAGUACUCGGCCCAGCUCACCGCCGACGCCGAGCUCGCCAUCGCCCUGAAGAGGGCCGAGGGCGUCGCUGCGAUGGCGGACGCUUACGCCAAGAUGUCCGGCGCCUUCGGCGGGCCCUCCGGUCUGCUGCAGUACCUCAUGAUCGAAAAGGGCACCUACGUCCAGCUGGCCAAGGCCAAUGCCGACGCCAUCCGUGGCCUGCAGCCCAAGAUCAGCGUCUGGAACACGGGCAGCCAGGCCGGCGGCGAGGGCGCCGCCGGGAAUUCUGGGGUCGAUACCAUGCGCAACGUCUACCAGAUGCUGCCGCCCCUGAUGACGACCAUCAACGAACAGACCGGCAUCACCCUCCCCGAGUGGCAGUUUGGCAAGCUCAACGCCGGCAUGGAGGCGAUGCAGGGCAGCAAGCCAAAGGUCAACGGUAGCCGCUAA